AUGACCCAGCAAAUGCAGAGUUUACAGCUUUCCCAGGCGAAAAAGAACAACCCCCCAUCUUCUCCUAAUGCUGCGAAGCGACUCUAUCGAAACCUCUCAGAGAAGCUAAAGGGAAGUCAUUCAUCUUUCGAUGAGGCAUAUUUCAGAGCCAGAUCAGACCGUCUCAGCCUCCGAAAGGCUUCAGUGAACUUCCAGUGCAGCGAAGCCAUGUUUGAGGCUGUGGAACAGCAGGAUGUGGAUGCUGUCCAGAUUCUCCUCUAUCAAUUCACACCUGAGGAGCUGGAUCUCAACACCCCUAAUAGUGAGGGACUGACUGCACUUGAUGUCGCCAUCCUUACAAAUAAUGUGCCUAUUGCCAAGAUCCUUUUAAAAGCUGGGGCAAAAGAGAGUCCGCACUUUGUCAAUAUGGAAAGCAGGUCGAUCCACCUGAGCAACUUAGUACAAGAAGCCCAGCAACGAGUGAGCGAUUUGUCUGCACAAGUGAUGAGCGAAGGGCUCGGCACAGACAGUGCAGAGAAAGAGAAACAGCGGAAAGCCUGGGAGUGGAGAUACCGGCUCUACAAGCGUAUGAAGGCGGGCUAUGAACACUCCAGAGCCCCUGAGGCACCGACCAACGUCUGCCUCAUGGUAACAAGCAGUACAUCACUCACUGUCACCUUCCAAGAACCUCAUAGCAUCAACUCAGCGGUGGUGACCAAAUACAAAGUGGAGUGGAGUAGUUUGGAAGACUUUUCUCCUUUGGCAGGGGAAAUCAUCAUGGAUAAUCUUCAGUCUUUGAGGUGCACUAUCACCGGCCUAAUGAUGGGCCGAAAUAAUUAUGUCCGAGUCUCUGCUUAUAACAUGAAAGGCUGGGGACCACCUCAGACUUCCACACCUUCCUGCGCUUCUCCUUCAAACUGGAAAGACUAUGAUGGCAGAGAGCCUCGGCACAGGGGACAGAUUGAAGCUCUGGAACGCUUACUGCAGCAGGUUAGAGCGUCUCAUCAGAGUUGCCGAGAGAGUUCUAAACUGCAGAACGCGGGUCGUAAACAGUCUGUCUCAAGAAGCCUGAAGCAUCUCUUUCAUUCUUCAAACAAGUUUGUGAAGACUUUGAAACGAGGGCUGUACUUAGCUGUGAUUUUUUACUACAAAGACAACAUGUUAGUAACCAAUGAAGAUCAGAUCCCCAUUGUGGAAAUUGAUGACUCUCACACCAGCUCCAUUAUGCAAGAUUUUCUCUGGUUCACGAAGCUAUCUUGCAUGUGGGAUGACAUCAGGUGGCUGAGGCAGAACAUGUCUGUCUCCAUGUCCUCAUCCACAGCACUCCAAGCCAGGCAGAAGAUGCUCGCUGCAACAGCUCAGCUACAGAAUCUGCUGGGUACACACAACUUGGGUCGAGUCUAUUACGAACCGAUUAAGGACCGGCAUGGCAAUAUCAUCAUAGUUACCAUAAGAGAAGUGGAGACUCUCUAUUCUUUUUUCAAUGGCAAAUGGAUGCAGAUAUCAAAGCUACAAAGCCAGAGAAAAUCCCUUUCAACACCAGAGGAGCCGACGGCAUUAGACAUCUUGCUCAUCACGAUCCAGGAUACACUCUCCUAUCACAGAAGGAGUCAACAGCGCCUGGCUCCUGGCCUGUAUUUGGGCUUCCUGAAACUCUGUAGCUCGGUGGAUCAGAUAAAAGUACUUGUACUGCAAAAGCUGCCUAACAUUCUGUGUCAUGUUAAAAUCCGAGACAACAGCAAUGUGUCCAAAGAGGAGUGGGAAUGGAUCCAAACCCUUUCUGGCUCAGAAUCUAUGGAAAAUAUGGAUCAUUCUGCAGAGUGCCCAACUCGGCUGUUCUUUGAGCUCCAGAUGGCAGUGAAAGCUCUCCUUAGGCAGAUCAAUCUACCUCUACGACAGGCGAAGCUCUUCCGUCUGUAUACACAGGAGGUGUUGGAACUGGGUCACAAUGUGUCCUUUCUUCUCCUGCUCCCAGCCUCAGACGACGUCUGCACUGCCCCAGGACAGAAUAACCCUUACACCCUGCACUCAGGAUUCCUUAACCUCCCUCUUCAGAUGUUUGAACUCGUUCAUUUUUGCAGUUACAAGGAGAAAUUUAUUGGUCUGUAUUGCCGCCUUUCUGCUGUCAUAGAGCUGGAUUUUCUGAGCACCCAGCAGUCCCUAAGGGAAGCAAUUUCAGACAGUGAAGUCGCUGCUGCUAAACAAAGACACCAGCAAGUCCUAGAUUACAUACAGCAAAUUGAUGAGAUUUGGCGUGAAAUGAGAUGGAUCAACGAAGCUCUACAGUAUGCAAGGUAUAAACAGCCAGCGGCUGGCUUGCCGAUAAUGAAGAUUGUGGAUCUGUCUGAAGAACAAUUACAAAAGAAGAUAAGUUCAACAUCCUCCCAUCUCGAUUGUCUUCCGUCCCCACCACCCUCACCAGAGACAGAGACCCACAGGAGAAAAGGCGUGAGUGAUUCCCAGCCGUACUCAGAUGAAGAAGGUUGUUCUGAAGUAUUCCUCCCAACUGACAGUGACUACGACUCUAGUGACGCCUUGAGUCCCAGAGAGCUGGAUUUGGUUUAUUCAUCCUCACAGGACAUAUCCCAGCAGGCAGUUAGCUGCCUGAGUGGUAGUGCCCCAGAUGUUCUCCAGGUCCUUGACAUCAAACCUUGCCUGACGCCAAAGCAAAACCCCAGAGGAGGAGGCGCCACUUUAGAGACAGAAGUUGAGCAAUCCUCUGAAUCCAUGCAAAGUCUGUCAAUUGGAGGGCUUUCACCAAAAAGCACUGAAAAGACUCCUGGCUCGAGACAAACCUUGAACUUCUUAGGCAAGAAAAAACAUGGGAAACAUCAGCACUACAGCUACUUCAGCCGACACCACCGGUGGUUGCGUGUGCAUAGUGAGAGCCAGUCUAUCUCUCUCUCUGAGGGUGUGUAUACACCACAUCUCACGCGAGCCAUGGAGUUCUCACAAGAGUCUGCUUCUGGUGAGCAGAUCAGCAUCUCAAUUGAUUGUCCCCGCAGCACUUUCUUACCUCACGCUUCAAGCCUUCCAGAAGAAGGGAAAGGCAAGUAUCAGGAGCUGAGGCCGAAUGUCCGCAGGAUAUUCGUUGAGCCUUACAAGACUUCGCUGCCCAGUGAAGAUGGUAAAUCCUGGGCAUUGCGUAACCAGGCAGUGGAAAAUGAGGAUUUACACAGUCCCACAGGGCAGGAGAUGGUUCCAGAAGAUCCAUCCAACUCUAGCUUCACUGAAGUAUUUAGUAGCAAUCUAUAG